AUGAGCUGUAAGACCGUCCUUGGACAGUUGCCUUACCGGCUUCCGUGUGUUCCUCUGGUUCAAAGGGGGUUUGCGCGCUCCAGUUUGGCUUGGGGCGUUGGGUUACAGAACAAGCAUCGGACAUGUCGCCCAGCAAGGAAAUUCGCGUGUCAACCAAGGCCCUUCUCGACCUCGAACUGUCUCGGAGAGGACAAGUACGACACAAAGGCAAAAGAGUUGAGCAAGAGGAGCUUGGAUGAGCAAGAACAAGAAGUAAGCGCGCGUAGCCAUCAAGUCAAGCGCCCAUGGCUCCGCGAGGGAGCCGACAAACCCCCGGUUGCCGAAGAAGGCAAAGAGCCAGAGCCAGUAACCAAGGGCAAACUACUCACCACGCCGACGCGAUUACUGAAACUCAUUCUCCCCCUCCCAAUAGCCGUGGAGAAAGACCGAGACAACAACAGCCACGACUAUGGUCGUUCCAUCUCGUCCAACGAUACCAUACAACCUCUGGCGCUCUUGAUCCAUCCCCAGCAGCCCCUCUCCUAUGUUGAGCGCCUGAUCCAGGCCGAGAUUCCCCCUGUGGUGGAAGACGGCAAGGAGAAGAUACCCAACAUAUAUUUCCGUGCCGAAGAUACCGACCAGAGCGGCAACAAGCCCACCACAAGGUCAGAGUCGAAGCGCAAUAAUAGAGACGGCGCUGGAGACAGCACCUCAGUCGAGAGAACGCAUGUCGCAUCGUACUCGGGUCUCGGUCACGAAGGCCCCAAACGUGAAGGCUCGGACAAGAACUGGGUGCGGUGGAGCAGCAGCACCGAGAUCGGCGACUUCAUACGCGACGCGGCGCGGGGCCGAGAGUUUGCCAUUGAGAUUGAGGGUUACAAUUUAGAGAUGCGAGUCACGGUGCCAUCCUUUUAUGACCGUACCUACUACAUGCACGCCCAACUCAGGAAAAUGAGCCGAGAAAUCAACAAGCUUGCCCAGAUAAAACGGGAGUGCGACUUGCUGGCGCACAGGGGCGCCCACCGGCUCGCAAAGGGGGGGUUUGCGCUGCUCACCGGGUGGUGGGGGAUCGUGUACUAUGUCUCGUUCCAUACCGAGAUGGGCUGGGAUCUCGUCGAGCCCGUGACAUAUCUCGCUGGCCUGGGCACCAUCAUGGGCGGCUAUCUGUGGUUCAUGUACAUCAGCAAGGACUUAAGCUACAAGGCCGCCAUGAACGUGACCGUGUCGCGGCGGCAAGAUGCCCUGUAUGAGGCGCGCGGGUUCGAUAUUCAGCGUUGGGAGCAGCUGGUGCAGGAGGCAAAUGCAUUGCGCAGGGAGAUCAAGGCGAUUGCGGUCGAGUACGACGUCGAUUGGGACGAGACGAGGGACGUCGGAGAGCAAGUCAAGGAAGUUUUAGACGAGGAGAAAACGAAACGCGGGGACAGAUCACCGUCUUCGGAAAAAAAGAAGGACGAGGAGCUUACUAAACAGGAGAGGAAGGAAAAGGGCCACGAAGAGAAUGACUGA